AUCACUCCCAGAACAGCAAUGCUAUUUAAGUUUAGCUUUAAUUUGUUGCUUAAUUUUCUCAGUUUGUUUCAGUUUGCUGACAGUUUGAAGAGGUACUAAGACUGUCAAAAUUUAGUCUAUAAAGAGAACAUCAUGACUGAGGAGUUCACAACAGAGUAUUAUCCAGAGCCAGACCAACUUUGUCACAAAGAAGAGGUGGUCAAAGUUGGAUCCAUCAUCAUUCCACUUUUCUUCACUCUUACGGUUGUGCUUAGUUGCGUUGGUAACUUCCUGGUUCUGGUCAUCCUGGUGUUCUACGAGAAGUUAAGCUGCCCGAUCAACAUCCUAAUCCUCAAUUUAACUCUGUCAGAUCUACUGUUCACUUUUGGACUUCCAUUUUGGACGUCAUACUACAUUUGGGGCUGGACAUUUGAAGAAAUCGGCUGCAAAGCUCUGAAAUUCGUGUUCUAUCUUGGGUUUUACAGCAGUGUGUUUUUCAUAACUCUGAUGACCAUUCAGCGAUUCCUGGCAGUUGUUCACCCACUGUCAGACUGGAAGAAAUACAGAGGGUUUUCAAUCGCUCCCUUUAUCGUGUGGAUCCUGAGUGGAUUGGCUGCACUGCCAGGCUCUGUUCGUAGCAAAGUCAUGUCACAUAAUACAAAUCUAUACUGUGAAUAUGACAGCAUUGAAGUAAAACAUGCAGUUGUUUAUUUGCAAAAUGUUUUUUUCUUUAUUGCAUUUUGCGUCAUGGGAUUUUGCCAUGUCAGAAUGUUUUGGACAAUCAGAAAGUCACAAACAAGGAGGCGACACAGAGCUAUUAAAAUCAUUUUCUGUAUUGGUUUGGUAUUCUUUAUAGGUUGGGCUCCAUUCAACAUUGUUAUGUUCUUGAGAACUUUGAUGGAUUAUGGUUUAUACCCAUUCAUAAUCUGUGAUGUAUCUAUUCGUCUUGAUUAUGCAUUUUAUGCUUGCCGUCUGAUGGCUUUUUCACAUUGCUGUUUAAACCCAGUGCUCUAUGUUUUUGUUGGUGAAAAAUUCCAGAAUCAUUUAAGGGCAAUACUGAUGAAGAUUUGUCCAAAACAAAAACAACUACCAACUAGCCAGACUGGAAAAUUGUCCACGAUAAAUUCUUCUAAUUAAAGAAUACACCCAGGAACAUGUAAAAAAAACACACACACACACACACACACACACACACACACACACACAUUGGUUUAGCUAUCCUUAUGAGGACUCUCCAUAGACAAUGAUUUUUAUACUGUACAAACUAUAGAUUCUAUUCCCUAAACCUAACCCUCACUAAAAACGUUCUGCAUUUUUACAUUUUCAAAAAAAACAUCAUUUAAUAUGUUAUUUCCCUUGUGAGGACCGCUGGCUGGUCCUCACAAAGCAGGUGAUCUCAAGUUUUACUCAUUUGGUCCCGACAAGGAUAGUAAAACCUGUACACACACACACGCACUUCAUUAUGUCUCUUUCCUCACUUGGUCAAUUUGAUCAAUUCACAUGUAAUAAUCCUAAUUUCAAUAUUAACAUUAUCAUAAUUAUUAUACUUACAGAAUUGUAUUAAAUAGCAUAAUUAAAUGUAAAUACAGAACUAAAUUUUAUAAAAUGUCUUUUCAUUGCAUCUAAAAGUUGAGAAAAUAAAGCAUUCUGUACUCUGUGUGUAUAUAUAUAUAUAUAUAUAUAAUAAAUGGGUGUUUUUUUCAACUUUACAUACUUUCAUGUCCAAGGGGUUGAUUUUUAUUAAAACAGAUUUCAACUUUUUUCCUUUUUGUUAUACGAGGGUCUCAUUAAAACUAAAUUAGAAACUCUUUACCAUGUCUUCACUGUUAUUUUUUGGUACGUUUCAACUGUCUUUUAUGUAUAGAUUUGAUUGUUUUAGCCCUGUCCUCUGGAAAUGACACUGUGAUGAAAAUUUCAUGACUUUUAGAAAAACAUAAAUGACAAAAAUGAUGCAUAAACACUGUUGGACACUGUUACUAGACAAAAAAAUA